AUGUUUGAACCCUCAAACGGUUACCUAGUCGACGACACAUGUGUGUUUGGUGCUGAGGUUUUCAUCGUAAAAAAAGAAUUAGCAGCCAUUGAAUGCAUGUCUUUGAGGACUUUUGAUAUUCCUUACAAACGUGAUUGGAAGAUUCAUAACUUCUCCGAAUUGGGAAACUUUUGGAACUCCGGAGAAUUUGCUGCUGGAGGCGAAAAAUGGUGCAUUCGUCUUUACCCGAAAGGAUAUGGAAAAGGAGUUGGCAGCCACGUCAGCAUGUUUCUGUACUAUGUCGGUUCCGGAAGAGUGCAAGCAAUUACGGAUCACGUGUUUUCAGCUUCAGACAGUAUUGGCGGGUGGGGUUGGCCUUUAUUCACUGAGCUCGGAACAAUUAACGAUUCCGGAAAGGGAUUCCUUGUCGAUGAUUCUUUUCUUGUACAUGUUGAAAUCUUCUCGGUGCAAGACGUCCCUCCAUAG